AUGAUAAACUGCACAUUAAUUAUACUAAUGACAGUUACGGAAGUGAAGAAAAGGAUUUUCCUUUCUCGCUCUUGUACAUACAAGUGGAUUCUUCUGACCAUCCUGUGUAACGCGUUAAUUGUUGUUUGCUUGCAUCGUAAAGCGAAAGAAGAGGGAAAAUGGGGGGGGGAAAAAGCGACGAAAAACGUAGAAAAUAAUGCAGAAAAAAAAGUAGAAAUUGAUGAGGGAAAAGAGAAAAAUAAACGCCUAUAUCUUAGCUCCUUUACAACCAUUGGAGCAUAUUAUCAAAAUGAAAAAUCAGCACACCUGUCUAAUAAAAAUAAUGCCAACUAUCUCAUUAAUUUAUACAAAGAGGGGGAUAUUAAUAUUUAUCAUCUAUUCUUUUACACAUACUUUAAUAACAUCUUUUUCUUUUUUUUUCUUCCCUUUUUUUCCUCCCUUUUGAUUUUUAAAUAUUAUAUCUUGAAAACCGCAAAGCUGUCUGUUGUACUUGUCAACACGUUUGUUCUCUCUAGUGUUUUGUUGAGGCAUGUUCGGGUCUCUCUCUCAUUGUACUUUGUCUGUCACUCCUUUUUUUUCCUUUUAAUACUGAGCGAAAUGAAAAUUAGCGGAAACGAACUCACUUGUUUUUUUUGUUUUAUUGUGAACUUUGUCUUCUACCAUAUGCUGUCGAUAUCCUUGUUUCACCUAACAAAUAAAGUCUUUUCCUUUCUGGAGGGGUUAAUCAUAAGUGCGAUAGGAACACUAGCUCUAGACUGUUCUUUUUACAGUUUUGUUUAUUCGUACUUGAAUCAUCAAAUCGUUCCCACUGUACUGUUUAGAUUUUUCAGCAAAGCAACCAUAAGUCUAGUUGCAUACGGAAUGUGCUGCGCGUAUUGUUUGCAAAAUGCUGCUAAGAACAGAGGGAAAAUUAUGAUAGCAUCGAUGGCGCUACUUUUGUACAACCUAUUCAACUUUAUUUCAAGUGAACACGAUUCAAGAAGCAUAAAAGAUACAAACGUACUACACAUUUUAAUAAGUAUGGUAUGGAGGGAGAACAACUAUAUCUUAAUUCUGUUGUGGUUCAUUAUAACAACAUUUUAUUUAAUGUAUAUCAUCAACAUGUCAAGGAGAAACAAAAAUUUAUCAUACCUAAGAAAGCACUAUCACUUCCUUCUUUUUGUGAAUGUGAAAUUGUCGUUUUUAAAAGGACAAAUCGACCUACUCAUAGUGGCUCUUUCGUUUAUUUUUUUGAUUUUCAUUUUUGUGGAAAUGGUGCGAAAAAUUUGUGAAGUGUUUUUUCCCUCUCUCAAUGCCAUAAAUAAAUUUAUUGCGAGAUUCAUAGAUGAGAGGGACAGCAAAGGAAUAGUUGUUACACACAUUUAUCUUUUAGCUGGGGUUUAUAUCCCAAUUAUUACAGACGCAUUGUUUAGUAACAAAAACUACGUUCAUAAAAAAAAGCAAAUCAUGUACUUUUUUAGAGAAGCUAACUUUCUCCUGUACAGUUCAGGAUUAAACACAAUAUGCAUAGGAGACUCACUUGCUGCAAUAGGAGGGUUCCUGUUCCCAACCCCCAAAAUGAAAAAUACGAAUAAUAAGUCUUAUGCUGGUUUUCUUUUUUUCUUUUUUACUACGUUCUUAUCGUUCCUAUUGUCAAGCUACUUUUUACAACAAACUGUCUCAUGGGCUAAUUUGAACAUUUUUUUUAUGGUAUCUCUAUUUGGCGCUCUAUUUGAGGCUUAUCUCCUCGACAUUGACAAUUUAAUAUUGCCCCUAUUCGCCUUUUGUGUUUACUUGAGCUUUGAGAAAUAA